AUGAGUCCUGAGCUUGGAAGAUAUCUACGGGAGGCUGAUGUGCGCAAAUGGGCUCGUUCUCUCUUCCCUGGCUCCAGGUAUGACAUUAGGACCACGAACCCUGCAGAGUCUAUAAAUUCAGUUCUUAGAAUACCUAGAGAAUAUCCGGUUAUUCCUUUGCUUGAUAGUAUAAGAGAACUGUUGACUCGAUGGUUCUAUGAGCGUCGCUUGUUAAGCUCAAAGCAUGUAGAUCCUUUAACCGCUAAGGUGGAGAGAAAGAUUGAUAGGAGAAUUGUGAAGGCAAAAGGAUUCCAGGUUUACAAGGUUGACAACUUCAGAUCGGUUGUAAAAGGAGACAUAUAUGAUUGUCAUGUUGAUUUGGAAAGAAGAACAUGCACAUGUGGUAUGGAAGUGCACAGAUUCACUGACGCCUUAUACAGCACUGCAGCGUGGAGAACCGCCUAUGCAGAUUCCAUUAAUCCAAUAGCAGUUCUAGAGUCUGAAUGGAAUGUCCCUGCUGAGGUUAAACUUGCAAAGGUUUUACCACCAAAGACAAGAAAGAGUGCUGGUCGACCAGUAAAGAGAAGGUAUGAAUCAGUAGAAGACAAGAUCGCAUCUUCUCAAGGAUCAAGGAAGAAUAAAAAGCAUAAGUGCAGCCGUUGUGGAACUGAAGGACACAAGAGAGGAACAUGCGAUUUACCCAUCUAG